AUGCUGAGAUUGGCGUUAUAUACCAAAAUCGUGGCUGCUCUGCCCACGCAAACAUUAGCUGCUCCACCAUUUUUGACCCCUGGUACCCAAGACAUCGAUAUAAACGCCACCGACACGCUUGCUAUUUUCAACACCACAGAUACCGACCUCAGCGUCGGCGGGCCUGUGACUUGCUACAACACCAACGACCCGAUCUUCACCCCCCAAGAUAUCGGCUACGUCUUCGAAGCCUGCGUCCUCGCCCUCGAGCUCCUGUCCAGAGAGAUGCAGACGAUGAUGGAAUGGUGGUGGGUACCCAAUCUCGUCCCCCCACCCGGCCCCCUCGGCCGGUUAGCAAUUCUACCGCUCCUGAACCAGCGAGAGCCGAAAGCAUGUCUGCUCGCUAUGACAUCCACACUACAAUUAGGUGCUGCGUCGAUCGCGUCCGCGCAGAAAGGGUCAGCGAUUGGAUGGAGGCCUGAGUGGGGAAACCAACUGCCGCAACAAGUAGUGCAAUUAUUUCCGCAGUCUAAGGAUACGGUGGUGGAGGGUUUCAGGAGACUGCUGGAUUGCGUGAGGAAAGAGAAAGGAGAGGAGAGGGCGGGUCAUGUGAUGAUUGGUAACGAUUACAAAGACGAGCAUCUCAUUCCCUCAAGCCUACUUCAUAUCUCAGUGCUUUACUCGGCUUCGAAUGCACCCCCAAUUUUUGUGGCUAACAACGACCCAGAAUUGCAGCAACAUCCACAAAUAUCGACCCAACCCUUCUCAAUAUCAGGUACUAGCAACUCAAUCAAACCCAACCAUAGAUCCACCAUCCCCCCGCCUAGCCCACGAUUUCCACAACCCUUCGUCCCCUAA